UGUUGCUGUAUUAUUUUUAAAAUUUAAUGCCGAAAAAAAAAAUUGUAGCUACAUUAUAAGUAGUAAGCCCAGAAGUCCUUUCGAAAUACUUAAUAAAAAAAUCUUUUUUGUUUGUUAUUAUAACUUUACGAUAUCGGAAACUACAUAUUAAAAAAUCGGCAAAUAGUAUUAGAUAAAUAUGGAUGUUACGGGUAAUUUUGAGGAUAUAAUUUCUGAAAGUAACUUCGAAACGGAUGGUUCUCCAGAAGCAAGAGAAGAAAAAGUUACUUCGCAAAAUCCAGAAAACAGGGUGGAUGAAAUUAUACCGAUAAAUGCUAGCUUAGAUGAUAUUCUUGUGAAUGUAGCAGAUGAUGACAGUAAAGACAUUAAGGAAAUGUCUGAUGAACAAAAGUUACCUUUGAAAUCAGACGGAAAGGAUAUUCCAAUAGAAGUGCCAAUCCAAGAAGCAGGUGAUGGCACAGAAGAAAGUUAUUUAAAACUAUGUGUUAAAUCUGAUGCUGUAAUUACCUCAACAAAUAUAGGUGCUGAAAUGAGUACUGUUAACAAAUCUCUUAUGGAAUACUUUGAUGCAACUUCAAAUAAUGACAAUGAUGUUAAAUCUAAUAUUGAUGAAGACAAUAAUAGUGAUGUACUAGAUGAAGACUUACAGCUAAGAUGGGAUGAUGACGAAAAUGAUGGUGAUAAUGUGAUAAGCAGUGCAGAUGAAGAAGAAUUAUUAAAAGAAAAUACAGACACACAUGAUGAGAAAGCACAAAAGGAAGAUACCGAUAGUAAAGAACUGAAUGAACAAAAUGUAAGGAAAGAAAAAGUACAUGCACUAAAACCUACUACAACUGAUAAAUAUGAUAAAUAUGUUUCAACAGAUUCAAUACAAAAAAUUGAAGAAAUUGUAACACAGCAUGGCUUGAAAAAGCCUGAUAUGAUGUUGGAAAUACCCACUCAAGAAUUAAUGGAUUUUAUGGAUGAAGAUGAUGAACCUGAUCUUAGUAAUUUGGAUAUAUUACCUGACAUAGAAAAGGGUCAAAAUAGCCCUAAGGAUGAAGACGAAAUGGAUAUUGAUAACCUUAAAACUCUAAUUAAUGCUGAUUUACAAUUGGAUGAUGAUGACACAAAUACUACAGAAAUUGUGCAAACUGAUUCAAAAGAUUCUGAAAACAUUAAUGCUAAUGUAAGUGUGUCAUUAGAAAAUAAUGAAGCUUUAACAGAUAUAGUAUCAAAAGAUAUGGAUCCAGUUCAACUAAAAGAUGAUGGAAAUCAGCAAAAUAUUGAUAAAACUGUUGAUGAACCUCAACCUUCAACAUCCAAAGCUUCUGCAAUAACAGAAAUGAAAGGAGACUCGGAUGAAGUAGGUGAGAUGAGUGAUAGUCUGGGUUUGUUGGCUGAGUCUACCAAAGUGGAAGAAGAUGAUGAUGAUGAUGAGCAGGAGGAUGAUGAUGAUGAUGGAGAUGAUGAUGAGGAAUAUGAUCCAGAUGAAGAGCAUAGUAACGAAAUGGUAGUUGAAUAUUCAGAAGACUCUAAUGCAGUAAACUCUGAUUUGGACAUAGUUAAAAUAACACAAUCUGAUGCACCUACAGUAUCACAGACAGACUCUACCCUGUGCGAUGAACAAAUUGAUAUUUGUGAAUUCUCUGUUACUGACAAUAUAAGUCAAGAGGAAAAUGACAAAAAUAUUGAAACCAUAGAGGAAAUGGAAACUGAUAUAACAAUGUUUGAAGCUGAAAAAAAUUAUGAGAAUAAUGAGGAAAUUGGUCAUAAAAUGAUUCUAGAUAAAGAAUUGGAACAAGAUGAGCCCGAGUCUUUAAUAUCUCCUGCUACAAUUGAUAUAGAUAAUGGUGAUGAAGUCUCAAAUAAACUACCCGAAGAGAGUGAACAAGAUGAGAACAGCAUGACUAUAAAUGAAGCACAGUCACUAUCAGCUCCAGAAUCGGAGAAAAGGAAAAAUGAUAAUGUUGUACUACUGGACAGCUCGUCAGAAGAUGAAAAAGAAAAUUCGCCAAAUAUUCAGAUGGAAAAAGAAGAACCUAGUCUGAAUGAUGAUAUUAAAAGUAACUCAGGAUCGCCACAAAACGAAAACUCUACAGAUGAAAUAGUCGAAAAAAUGGAUAUUGACAAAAUUAAUUCACCAAAUAAAGAAAAAAAACAAUCGUCGAAACUCCCAAUUGGCUUAGAAGUGUUUAAUGUUGAUUCAGACGAAGAAGAAUUAGGACAGAAUGACAUGGUGGAGAAUGUAGAGCAGCCAGUACCCAUAAAAUGUGUCAACCCCAAGUGUCAGAGUCCAAAUGACACCAAGUUCUAUGCGGCGGAUGCUGACGUGUUAAAGUUCUAUGAGAUGGACCACAAGAAGAAGGCAGCGGUCUGUGAAACUUGUGCCAAUGUCUUUGAUAAACAUAUUCAGGAUUUGUUAAAUAGAUUUAAGAACUUCACUCCCCUAUUGGAUCUGCAUAAUGGUAAAUCUAAUCAAGAUCUAGUCGAGAUAUAUGAUUCGGAAUCCGAGGAGGAAGAUGAGACUGAAGAAAAUGGAAACAAGAUUGGCACAUCUGUAGCUAAAUUUCUGGAAGAUAAUUUGGCAGAUGUGUUCAACACAUCAUGGGAAAAAUACAAUAUGGACUCCCGACUUGCUGUCUCGGAAAACGAACUGCAACAAGACUUAAAUAAUUUGCAAGUACAUACAGAAGAAUUGGACAAAAUGUUGAAAGAAUGUCAAGCAGCGACUGAUACAUUACGCAAUAAUCUAUACGCCACAUUUGAGGUGGACCGCAAGACUUUACCAUCUAUUGUCAUUGUUGACACACCCACAACUAUGUACUGCUGCUAUGAGAAUAACCAAAGUGAACAAGAGCCACCUCAGACCCGCUUGAAGCGUCGCUUAAUGACAAAUACUGACACUCCCGCUAAAAGGUUAUUGACUACGGACAAAAUGACUUUUCAACAGGAUAAAAUCAUUGAUGGCACUGCAGCAGAAGCUAACGACGAUAAUGUAGACGUAUCAGUGGUAAAGUUGUCCCGUGAGCCGGCGCCCGCAGAGCUGCCUCCGCGCGGCGUCAUCAUCAAGCCCGCACUGCGCGCCGGCAUGUCCGUCUACGCUAUGAAGACUACAUUCGGACUAUGGAUUAAAGCUAAGAUCGUCGAAAUUUUACCUAAAUUGAUAGACGACGAUUCAGGUGUUAUGUAUGAUCAAGCAACUAAAACAUCAAUUAAACAAAGCGAAACAGUUUGCCCCGAAUCAACAGUAACUAGACGAUCACGAAGGAUUUACAAAAAGAAAGUACCAAAAGUAAAAAAAAUACCAAAAACGGGAGCAGAACGAAUACGUGCUUAUAGAAAUCGUAUACUUGAAUAUGAACUAGAAAUGGCCGCUAGAUCUAUGACAAUUGCAGUAACAAAUCCAAAAGAAAUAACGCCUUUACAUAAUUUAGAAAACGAACAAAUAACUUCACCUGAUAUUCAGAAUACUAUACUUUACAAUGCUCUAACUCGACCUACCAAAGAACAACCAGAGCAAAAUAAUCCAUGCGAAAUUGAGUCAUCAACGAAGUUCACAAAUUGCCGUGUGAAGUUCGAGUACAAAUCGACCAAGAACUUUACUAAGCAUGUGACGGGGCGUCGUCUCGCGUACUCCGAUCCACCUGACGUACGUCUUAUAAUUGGUACAAGAAUAAUUGCGUGUGCAGAAAAGACGGAUUCUUUCUAUUCUGGCGUUGUUGCCGAGGUGCCGAAUCCAGUUAACAAGUUUAGGUAUUUGGUAUUCUUCGACGACGGGCACGCAAAGUACGUGCAGCACGCGGACACGCGGCUCGUGUGCGAGUGCUCGCGCAGCGUGUGGGAGGAGGUGCACCCCUACUCCCAGGAGUUCGUGCGCCAGUACCUCCUCGCGUACCCCGAGCGACCCAUGGUGCGUCUGCGACCCAAGCAGAACCUCAAGACUGAAUGGCAAGGUCAGUGGUGGAACUCUCGCGUGCUGCAAGUUGACGCGUCCCUUGCUGAGAUCGAGCUGGCGGGCAAGCGGCGCGAGUGGAUCUACCGCGGCUCCACCCGCCUCGCCCCGCUCUACCUCGAGCUGCAGGCCGCUGAGAGGCACCGCACUCGACCCAUGCCGCGCUCCGGACCACAGGUCAAGUCCAACAUGCCGUACGUGGAGUAUACGCGUUAUGACGAGCCUUCCAAGUCACCCUCAGAAGCGGCGCAACAGAACGAGGAGCUACGUCGUCAACGCGCCGUGGCCAAGAAGUCGACAGCUCAGAGCCAGCCGCCGCCGCAGCCAACCAAUAUAGUCCCAGUGGAAAACAUCCUCUCUAGAGUUGUGCACUACAAGCCUAAGAACGCGGUGCGUCCCCUACAUAUGGUGCCGCACGAGUGCGGGCCACAGUGCAGGCGCAGUGAUGUGUUGCCGCUCAAGGACCUGCGCACAUACAAUCCACUCACAAAACCACUGCUCAGCGGAUGGGAGAGGCAACUGAUCCGGUACAAGACGAACAAGAUAGUGAUGUACCGCGCGCCGUGCGGCCGGCGACUGCGCGACAUGCCUGAGCUACAUCGAUACCUGCGCCUCAUCGAUUCCGACAUGGCCGUCGAUCUGUUCGACUUCAGCCCAGCAACACACUGCCUCGCCGAGUUUGUGCUCAAUAACUGCAUUAUUGGCAAGAAGGAUCUGUCGCACGGCAAGGAAAUUGUUCCGGUGCCUUGCGUGAACUACUACGACGGCUCUUUGCCGGAGUUCUGCUCAUACAACACGGAGCGCACACCCACUGCCGGCGUACCACUCAAUCUCGACCCCAACUUCCUCUGCGGCUGCGACUGUGAAGACGACUGCGAGGAUAAAAGUAAAUGCGCUUGCUGGAAGAUGACACUAGAGGGCGCGCGCACAAUCGGCAUGGAGGGGGACGUGGGCUACGUGUACCGCCGGCUGCCAGAACCUCUGCCCUCCGGCAUUUACGAAUGUAACUCUAGAUGUAAAUGUCGUAACACAUGUUUGAAUCGAGUCGCGCAACAUCCUCUACAAUUAAAACUACAGGUUUUUAAAACUGAUAGAAGAGGUUGGGGUAUCCGGGCACUGAACGAUGUGCCCAAAGGUGCGUUCCUGUGCGUGUACGCGGGAAAUCUGCUCACCGACGCAACAGCUAACUUGGAUGGACUGAACGAGGGUGACGAGUACUUGGCCGAGCUGGACUACAUCGAGGUGGUGGAGGCCAUGAAGGAGGGCUACGAGGAGGACGUGCCUGAAUCACUCAAGGAAAAUGAUGAUGAGAGCGACUCCAGCGAGUCUUCAGAGGAAGAUGAUUCGAGUGAAGAGAAGAAGUCGAAGACGAGAUCGUCUAAAGACGAGGACGAUGAAUUCCGGCCAGGUUACGUUGAUUUGCCGUUAAAGUUCAACAAGCAUUUGCGAACUCGAGAGAAAUGCAAGAAAGAGAAGGAAGAUGAUGAGAUGAUAGAAAAAAAGAAAGAGAAAGCAAAAGAAAAAGAGAAGGAGGUAGAAAAGGAAGAGAAAAAGGAAAUCAAAAAGGAUGGAGACAAUGAGAAUGAAAAUGAAGACUGCAUAACUAUAAGUGACGAUGAAGAAGUACGGGAACCGUCGAGUUUCUCCGUACAGGAGGGGAUGGACUCGAAGCAAUUAGUCUCCAAAUAUAGGUCUGUCCGUUCGUACUUCGGCAAGGACGAGGCGUGUUACAUCAUGGACGCUAAGGUGCAGGGCAACAUUGGACGAUAUUUAAACCACUCUUGCUGCCCAAACGUGUUCGUGCAGAACGUGUUUGUGGACACGCACGACCCGCGUUUCCCCUGGGUGGCAUUUUUCGCGUCUACCCACAUCCGUGCAGGCGUCGAGUUGACUUGGAACUACAACUACGACGUAGGCUCCGUGCCUGGUAAAGUACUUUAUUGCUAUUGCGGCGCUGACAACUGCAGGGGUAGGCUGCUGUAAACAUCUCAUCAAUAUGUCCAGAUAUCUUGUUGAUCUACAGCCGAACGCAAUAAUCGAUAUUAAACUUUUUUUCUUAUACGUCAUAUC